AUGUCGGACGAAAUCGUCUGGCAAGUUAUUAACCAGCAAUUCUGCUCGUACAAACUCAAAACCACCAAGGGGCAAAACUUCUGCCGCAAUGAGUACAACGUCAGCGGUCUGUGCAACCGGCAGUCCUGCCCGCUCGCCAACUCUCGGUAUGCGACGGUGCGCUCCGACCCAGAGACGGGCGCUAUGUACCUGUACAUGAAGACCAUUGAACGAGCCCACAUGCCGAGCAAGUGGUGGGAGCGCAUACGCCUGCCGUCGAACUACGCCAAGGCACUGGAGAUGCUAGACGACCGCCUCAUCUACUGGCCGAAAUUUUUGGUUCACAAGUGCAAGCAACGUCUUACUCGCCUGACGCAGGUGAACAUCCGCAUGAGGAACAUUGCCAAGGAGGAGGACCGGCUUGGGGAGAAGAUUGUUCCCAAGCUGGCGCCUAAGAUCCGCCGUCGUGAAGAGACCCGUGAGCGCAAGGCUGAGUCUGCGGCUAAGGUUGAGCGCGCUAUUGAGCGUGAGCUCAUUGAGCGUUUGCGCAGCGGUGCGUACGGUGAUCGGCCGCUUAAUGUUGAGGAGGGGAUUUGGAAGAAGGUUAUGCGUGGUCUGGAGCGUGCUGGUGAUGGUGAGCGCGACGAGGAUCUGGAUGACGGCGAGGAGAUCGAGGAUGAGGAGGAGGGUGUUGGUGAAGUUGAGUAUGUUAGUGACCUCGAUGAUGAGGAGGAUCUGGAGGAUAUUGAGGAUUGGCUUGGUGGUGAAUCGGCCGAUUCCAGCGACUACGAUGACGAGAGCGACGAUGACAGUGACUCCGACAGCGAGCAAAGCGAGGAUGAGCAGAAGCCCAAACCUGGCACCAAGCGGAAGCUCGCUGCGCCGCCGGUCAAGCCUCGGAAGAAGGGACCCCAGAAGGGCAAGGGCCCUCGCACCGAGAUCGAAUACGAGCAGGAAGACACUGGUCGGGACUUUGUCAUGGCAUAG